AUAACUAUCGGACAACUGAAAGAGUCAAUCCAAGAAAUGGACGAGAAAAUCUCUGAACUAAAAUCUGAAAACGAGCGGAUAGAUGACGUAAUGUUAAAACUACGGCAAUCUGAAGAAAUUAUCAAAAAGUUAAGAAGCACAAUUGUUGAAACAACAGCUCAAAAAGAGGAAGUUGAAAAGAAAUUAGAAAUCACAACGAAAAAAACGUCUGACUUGGAGAAAGCUUUGCAAGAGCAGGUUACUUUACUGAAAUUUACAAGUGAUAUUUUGGCUGAGGAACGUGAGGGAAAUGUUACGUUGACCAAAUUAGCUAAGACAAAAGAGUAUGACUUAGAGAAUAUGUUAAUAAAUAUCAAAUCAAAAGAUGAUCACAUUGAACAAUUAAAUAUUCAAGUGAACGAGUUAAAAAGCAAAUUGUCUUUAAAGCAAGAAGAACUUGUCAAAAUCCAUGAUCAACUUGUAGAAAUCCAAAAUGAAAGAAACGUUGUUCAAUGAAAAAAUUAAAUUACAUAAAGAUUGUUCUGUCAUGAAAACAAAAGCAAAGGAAUUGGAAAAGGACAAGGAAAUUUCAGACAAACAAUGUGAGAAAGAAAACAAAAAGGUUUUAUUUCUGUUGGAGAAUAUUAAAGAUUUAAAAAAUGAAGUAAAUAAUGAACAAAGAAACAGAGAACAACUUGAAAAAGAGAUGUCAGAAACAAUUGAUGAUGAAAAAGAGAAAAUAGAAACACUUGAGUUAAAAAUCAAGGAAUUGCAGUCCAAGCUUGAAUUUGACAUGAAUACUUGUGACAGUGCAUUACAACAACUGAAGAGCGAAUUAAGUUUAUCAGAAAGCUUGAGAUCUGAACUGGAAGAAAGAAUCACAAAUUAUGAAAAACAACUGUCGGACACAAGCGAUAAAAACGCAAACUUUCAACGAGAAAUUCAAGUUCAAAAUGAAACAAUAGAGAAGUUUACUACCCAAGAACAAGAGUUUAUCAAUGAAAAAGUAACCUUACAACAAUCUGUUUUUAUUUGUCAAAUGAAACCACACGACUGGAAAUCUGUUAUCAAGAAACUCUUGACAUGUUAGAGAUUAAAAAUGAAUCUCUUGUUCAAAAGCAGCAAGAAAUAUUUCAUUUGAAGAAAACAAUCCUCUUGUGUAAACAGAUUGCCAGGACCAUUGCAAAUAGCACGACAAACUUCAAAUCAGAAUUGCAAGAUCUCAAAUGUGAUAUGGUGAUAAACAUGAAAAAGAUCGAAAAUGAAGUAAAAAUGAAGAAUGAUAAACUUCAGCUCAAAAUACGUGAUAUGAUAGAUACGAAAGUGAACUGUAAAAAUACAUCAGUACUCAACAAACUUCAACAAGGAGAAGUAAUCAUACAAAAACUGAGACACGAAGUACACAAGUUAUCGAGUGAACUACGUCAGAAAAACAAAGAAUUUUUUUCAGUUACUGCAGAUCUCGAAAAGACAAAACGCAAAUCAAAUGAAGUUUACGAUGCUCUUCAAAAGAUUUGUACA